CACUACCGGGUGCCUGACUGUUGUUGGUUCUAUUGCGUCACCAAACUUUGUCUUUCAAAAAUAGGAAUUAAUUACAGUUAUUGCUGUUUGCAAAAUAACAUCUCGUGUAUAGGAAAACGUGGUUACAGUUGCUAUAGGGUAAACAAAAAAGUCCAAAUCUAGUAGGAAUGAAAACGAGUGGACGUAGCAGGAUAGCAUAUUUCUAAUAAAUAUGCAGUGAAUGUUACCGAUCUAAUAGUAAUAAUAAUAAUAAUAAUAAUAAUAAUGUUUAUGGGCGUCACUUUCAUUGACAAAAACAGCAGACCACUGAGCUAAAGUAACUGAAAUUCCCGGUCUUGAGAAACGUAACGUGCUUGGCAUUGGCAGUAAACGACAAGAAGAUAACAUGUUUUAUAAACACUGCACACGUUUACUAAAUGUGUGCUUUAGAAACAACAGAUCAUGCCAUACACUUCUUCCAAAUCAAGUUUUAAGACCGUGGUGUAUGAUUAAUAAAGAUUUUCAUACUGCAGCUGUUCUCAGGUCUUAUGAUAUGAGAAGAGUUGAUUUUACACCACUGGAACAAAGAAAAUUAACAUUUGAUACGCAUGCCUUGGUGAAGGACCUACAAGCAAGUGGGUUUGAAAAACAACAAGCUGAAAUUAUUGUUACGGCACUGGUAACACUGACGACUGGAAAUAUGGACACAGUCUAUAGAGAUAUGGUGACGACCUCACAUCAGGAAAUUGCUCUCCAGCAGAUCAUGGCACACCUGGAUGCAAUUCGGAAGGACAUGGUGAUUCUGGAGAAAAGUGAAUUUGCAAACCUGAGGGCUGAGAAUGAGAAAAUCAGAAAUGAGCUAGAGCAGUUUAAACAUCAGCUAAUGGAGGAAAGCAUGAAAAUCCGAGCAGACGCUAAACUGGAUAUAAAUUUGGAGAGAAGCCGAGUAACUGACAUGUUUACAGAGCAGGAGAAGAAGCUUAUGGAAGUUGGUACAGAAUUCGAUAAAAAGAACGCGGAUGUAGAUCGUAGCACAACAGAAGCUACUAAAAAAAUCGACAUAGAAGUGGCCUCGCUGAAAACUCUUCUGGAAUCUCUCAAACUUGACACAAUCCGCUACCUUGCAGCCUUUGUCUUCGCCUGCCUUGCAAUGGCCUUGGGCUUUUACCGUCUGUGGAAGUAACAAAACAAGGAAGCAUUUGAAAAAGAUUGCUAUACAUCAUGGAGAGCAAAAAAUUGACAAAUGAAUUGCUGUUGCUUAGUUAUUUUAAGCAAUUUUAAGAUGGUGCCUGUUUGCAGUGAACAUGUUUCAGUAUUUUGCCGGGAGAAGCAAAAUAUCUUCCAUUUGUCUUUUACCAAAGCUGGUGAUUUUCCGAAAAUAUGUGUUAAUUCCUUAUAUUUGUCUUCUUUUUUUAUUGCUGAAUUAUAUUCUGCACAUCUUCCAUCCCAUAAACAUUUUGUAUCAUGAAAAAAAUCAAUCAAUUGCAAAGUUUUGUAAAAUUGAAUAGGUUUGUUUAUUUCUCAAAAAUAAUAAUGCCAGUCCUCUUGAUGUGAUUUUCAAUAAAAACAGUUUAAUUCCAGAA